CACAGUUAGCUAAAGAGCCAGUGGUUUAUCACGAUCUUUAGCACUCUAACUAAUGUCUCUUUCUCCUAUUCAAUCAACUUCUUUUCUGUGCCUAUAUAUUCAUCUUUGGCCCCAAAUUUUCAAACAUCAUCUUCAGAAUUAUCAAAUCCUAGUAUCAAAAAAUCAGAAACCAAAAGCAAGGUUUCUUGUUACUAAAACCAAAGCAAAAUAAAAGAGCUUUUAGAAGAAAGAAAACCAAAUAUCAUGAGUUCAAGCAGGAGAGCGUGGAUAAUAGCAGCGAGUGUUGGAGCAGUGGAAGCUUUAAAAGAUCAAGGUUUCUGUAGGUGGAAUUACCCUUUGAGGUCCUUCGCUCAGCACACAAAGAAUAACAUGAGAUCUUACUCUCAAGCUAAGAAGCUUUCUACUUCUUCUUCCUCACUGAUUGCAAGUAGCGACAAGGCAAAGCAAUCUGAAGAAUCUUUCAGGAAAGUUAUGUACUUGAGCUGUUGGGGUUCCAAUUAACUGAUCUUUGUUAGAGAAACCUCGUUUCUCAUUUUUGUAGGGCCGAACUAAAGAGGAAAAAUGUAUAGUUGUGGUUGUAAAUAUGCCACCUCAAGAGAAGCAUGUAUAUUAUUUCGAAGGAUGAGAAAUAAAAUUACUAAGAAAUACUGUUGAUAUUC